UUAAUAAAUCAUUUUCUGUUCAACGCAUUAACCAAAAAAUAAUACGAAGAUUCUCGACUUCUAUUGCCAAUCAAUCUGACAGUGGGCAACGUGCGAUUGCCGAAUAACGUGCGUACAAUAAAUCUGUACUGUUUAAAAGCUUGGUCGUUGCCCCUUUACACGGAAAGGGCAAAAACUUUAUCUGUCCUCUGUUUCGCCGGAAAUGGAGGCGCCGCUUCUCGGCGAAGGAAACAGCAACGAAGGAGACUAUGCUCCGGCGAAGACAUUUCAGCAGUUCAAGCACAUCGUGUGGAUUGAAUCAGUGAAGGCUUGGACCAUCGCUGGUCCGGUUAUAUUUCAGAUAGUUUGUCAGUAUGGAACCCACUCUGUUACUAAUAUUUUUGCGGGUCAACUUGGGGAGCUUGAGCUUUCUGGAAUUUCCAUUGCCAUCUCUGUUAUUGCCACUUUUGCUUUUGGUUUCAUGUUUGGAAUGGGAAGUGCAACAGAAACACUUUGUGGCCAAGCAUUUGGGGCAGGACAAAUCCACAUGCUGGGAGUGUAUAUGCAAAGAUCAUGGAUCAUAAUGCUCAUAUGUGCCCUUAUAAUCACACCAAUUUAUGUCUUUGCCACUCCCAUUUUGAAGCUUUUGGGGCAACAAGAUGAUGUCGCAGAACUGGCUGGGAAUUUCUCUAUGGUCAUACUCCCACAGAUGUACUCCUUUGUGUUGUCUUUUCCUACCCAAAAGUUUCUGCAGGCACAAAGCAAAGUUUGGACAUUGGCUUGGAUUGGCUUUGGGGCCCUUCUGGCUCAUGUUUUUAUGCUGUGGCUCUUCAUUUUUCAGUUUGGUUGGGGAACCACUGGGGCUGGUUUGGCCUUGAACAUCUCUGGUUGGGGAAUUUCCAUUGCUCAAGUCAUUUAUGUGAUGGUUUGGUGUAGAGAUGCUUGGCAAGGAUUCUCUUGGUUGGCUUUCAAAGAUUUGUGGGGAUUUGUUAAGCUCUCAUUUUCAUCUGCUAUUAUGUUUUGCUUGGAGAUUUGGUAUAUGAGUAGUAUCAUUAUUCUUGCUGGUCAUCUUCCAAAUGCUGUCAUUUCUGUUGAUUCACUUUCCAUUUGCAUGAACUUGGAUGGAUGGGAAAAUAUCAUUUUCAUUGGAAUCAAUGUCGCCAUGAGUGUAAGAGUCUCCAAUGAACUCGGAAAGGCACGGCCUCGAGCUGUGAAGUACUCCGUGUACGUGACGAUCGUGGAAUCUCUUCUUCUCGGCCUCCUUUUUAUGGUCCUGAUAUUCUUUGCCAAGGAUCAUUUUGCUGUCAUCUUCACAAGCAGUGAGACUGUGCAGAAAUAUGUUUCCAAAUUAGCCUAUCUUCUUGGCGUAACCAUGGUUCUUAACAGUGUCCAACCAGUCAUAUCAGGGGUGGCCAUUGGAGCUGGAUGGCAGGCAUUGGUGGCUUAUAUAAACUUAGGCUGCUAUUACAUUUUUGGUCUCCCUCUUGGGAUUGUCUUAGGUUAUGUAGCAAACUUUGGAGUGAAGGGGCUUUGGGGCGGAAUGAUAGCCGGGAUUGCGAUGCAGACAGUUAUGUUGCUGAUUGUUCUAUACAAAACCAACUGGAAUAAAGAAGUGGAGGAAACUUCAGGAAGGAUGCAGAAAUGGACUGGACAAGACAUCAGGAAAAGAGAAGAGAGUUAAAAGCUAAAAAGAAAUGCCAUUAGGAGAAAAACUAGAAAUUAGCUGUUGAUGUUUCUUCUCCAUCCCCAACUCCAACCUUUGUCUUUCUUUCUUUAUUCUCUUCAUGUUUUUUGGCUGCUCAUUUCAUUUUGACUCAAUAGGGGUGUUUAAGAAACUCCUUAAUCUGUGAUUUUGACACUAAUAUUACAGGUUAGGUUCAAUUAUUUAGAAUUUAGUGCA